CAGGAAGGCGUUUCAGUUGAACAGGAAGGCGUUUCAGUUAAACAGGAAGGCGUUUCAGUAGAACAGGAAGGAGUUUCAGAUGAACAGGAAGUUGUGUCCAGACCAGGAAAGUGAAGGAAAAAGUGGUACACUUCAAACCACUACACAGAUGUCUACUCAGCAACCUGCUAGUAGCCUAAGUGAAGCAGCCGCAUUACUCAACAGUAUAUUAGCCUCAGCAGAGACCAUCAGAACUUUGUCAAAUGCGACAGUCGUGGGGCAGCAACCUGUUGCAAGUACCAGUGUGGACGGACUGGAUAGUCACUUAACAUCCCUCUUUCCCUCACGUCAGCGUAGCAGCUUGCCCAUGCCAGCGACAUCUACAGUCAGGAGAGAAUGUGCACCUGCACCACGUUAUCAAACUCGGCAAUGCUUCGGCAGCUGGACAUCAGGCACCAGAAGAAAAAGAGCUAUGGCCCAGCAGCAUGACCAUUUCAACAAAGAUGUUAUACUACUUCCAGCUCCAUCAUGGGGAGUAGUGUGCAAACAAGGUUCAAAAUUAUGGUUACACAAACAUGGGCACAUCCUCAGUGCUUUUCAAUUCCAGAAGACCUGGGACAACCAAACUGUCGUGAAACACAUCAAGGAAAGCUUUGGUGAACGCAUUCCAGAGGAUGUCAGCCUCGAGUUUCUAAUGGCUUGUGGCAAUAAGCUGGUGUCUCCAAAGCUCCAAGAUGGUCAGGAGCUGAAUGGGAUGCUGAUCCUAAAGGUUUUUAAAACCAAAGCCCUCUAUGUAAGGCCAUCAAGGACACUUUUAAGUGAAUCAGAUGAAGACAAAGAUCCUUCUUACAUCAGCUCCAAAUCAGCAUUAAGCAGUUGUGCAACUGAUAAGGACAGUGACAAUGAUUGUUUUGAAGUUGAUAGUUCAAAAAUCCAACAAGACAUGAGCAGCCAAAUCACUACAAGGUUAAGAAGUCAUGUUAAAGGUGAUAACCCUGGCACUAGCAGUGAUGAAGAAGAUGAUACUGGGACCAACUGUAUUGGAAGGAGUGUUGGUAAAAGUAAUGGCGAGGGUUCCUAACCCUGGCUGGGUUGAGGUCAUCUAUCAGAUGAACUUAGAACCCCUAGAGUGGGGCAGGGAGUGAUACAACAUGAGGUAUGGUGACAUUCCUUGAUGGAAUGUCAAAAGAGGGAAUGUUGGGAUU